AUGUCCGAUACGCUCAAAAUCCUUAUUGCAACAGACAACCAUGUGGGCUAUCUCGAGAACGAUCAGAUUCGAGGACGCGAUUCGUUUGACGCAUUUGAGGAAGUGCUCGUUCUUGCCAAAGAAUACCAUGCCGACUUUAUACUUUUGGGUGGCGAUCUAUUUCACGACAAUCGACCCUCACUGUAUUGUAUGAAUGAAGUGAUAACGUUGAUUCGAGAGCACUGUUACGGCAGCAAGCCUUGCGAAUUCUACAUUGUCAGCGAUCAGAGUGUCAACUUUCAAAGCCGCAGCGGGCACGGUGCCAACGUGUAUGAUCCCAAUGUGAAUAUCAGUAUUCCUAUCUUCUCCAUUCACGGCAAUCACGAUGAUCCAUCAGGCUUGGGAAAUAUUUGUGUCUUGGAUGUAUUGGCAAAUGGUGGUCAUAUCAACUAUUUCGGACGCGCAUACGACUUUCGUGAUAUCCAAGUGAAUCCCAUCUUAUUUGAAAAAGGAGCAACAAAGUUACUUUUGUAUGGACUCGGCAAUAUUCGUGAUGAACGAUUGCAUCAUGCAUGGGGUGACGGCAAUGUAAAGUUCCCAAGACCUGAUCCAGAGAUGGAGCCCGAAUGGUACAGAAAUGCUUUCAAUCUCCUUGUAUUACAUCAAAAUCGCGUUCAGCAUGGUCCAACAUCCUAUAUUCCAGAAGACUUCAUCCCGGAUUUUUUCAAUCUUGUCGUUUGGGGACAUGAACACGAUUGUCGAAUCGAUCCUGAAGCAUGCAAUGGUGUUGAUAUUAUACAGCCUGGCUCUUCGGUGGCUACUAGUUUGGCUGCAGGUGAAGCUAUUCCAAAGCACGUUGGCCUUUUGGAGGUGACAGGCUCAGAUUACACAUUACAAAAGAUACCUCUUAAUACAGUUCGGCCCUUUGAAUGGACAUCAGUCUCCCUUGCUGAGGUGCCUGAUCUUACACCAGAUCCCAAAGCAUGUGAACAAUAUUUGACAUCAGUGAUUGAAGAUCUUAUCAAGAAAGCAGAGACCAAAUGGAAAGAACGACAACAGCCCGAGGAACAACAACAACGAGAUACACCAUUGCCAUUGAUUCGCGUACGUGUCUACUAUACUCCCGAGUUUGAAGCAUUCAACGUCGUUGUCUUUGGAAAAAAGUUCAUCAAUCGUGUUGCAAAUCCGAAAGAUAUCCUGAAAUUCAGUCGUGUGACAAAAGGAAGACAACAACGUAACGUCCGUGAUACAACAGGGACCUCACCAGCGCCUGUACCUGAAAGAUUGGAUACGCUCAAGAUUGAAAAUCUCGUCGGUGAAAUCCUCGGACGCAACCUUGCCGUACUACCUGAGAACGAACUUCAAGAUGUGGUGCAAAAGCUUAUUGAAAAGGACGACAAGAAUGCGUUAUCAUCCUAUGUUGAUCAAUCGCUUAAUCGUAUGAAGAGAAGGAUGAUUGAUUUGGAAGAUAGAAGCCAUGUUACAGAUUUAUCCGAUGACUACGUAAAGCGUCGUGCCUUAGCUCUUAAGGAAGAAAGACAUAGUGCAUAUGCUCAAGAAACACAUGAAGAAUAA